GCUGAGUCGUGACGCAGCGGUCCAGACCGCUAAAAUUUUCUCGCCGGUCCACUUAGACCCGAGCAUAAAUUGCCUCUCCUCCUAAACCCUAGCUUCCUCUCCUCACUCGCCGCUAGCAACUAGCCGCACAGAGUCUACCACCUCUGAUCUGCAGCUUUCUCAGAUCUCCGAAAAUGCCGUUCAAGAGGUACGUGGAGAUUGGCCGAGUCGCCCUCGUCAACUACGGCAAGGACUAUGGCAGGCUCGUCGUCAUCGUCGACGUCGUCGACCACAACAGGGCUCUUGUUGAUGCCCCUGAUAUGGUGCGAACCCAAAUGAAUUUCAAGAGGCUUUCACUUACAGAUAUUAAAAUUGACAUAAAAAGGGUUCCAAAGAAGAAAACUCUGAUUGCUGCCAUGGAGGCUGCUGAUGUCAAGAACAAGUGGGAGAACAGUUCCUGGGGCAGGAAGCUGAUUGUGCAGAGGAGAAGGGCAUCACUUAAUGAUUUUGAUAGGUUCAAGAUCAUGUUGGCAAAGAUCAAGAGGGCUGGAGUUGUGAGGCAGGAGCUUGGGAAACUCAAGAAGCAGAAUUCAGCCUGAGAUUUCUCUAUUGUGAAACUCAAAAAGCAGAGUUCAGCCUAAGAUUUCUCUCUUAAAGACUUAGCAGUUUUGUUGUGGAUUUUGAUCACUUGUCAUUGUGAUAAUUAGUUUUGUGCUUCCCUUUUUAUUAUUUCAUGGAUCAGCGAGAACAAAUGACCAACCAACUUUAGGUUUCUUCUAUUUUUAAUCAUAUGAUCCUGUAAGUUGCUGUUUUCGUGUUCUACUGUGCUCUUAUCUUCUCAAUGAUUUUUGUAACCUGCUCCUACACUGGGUUGGUAGGCGAACCCAUGUUCUCUACAAGUCUCAUAUUUGCUCA